GAACGGAAAGAGUCCACGAGUGUUUUCCUCCCGCAUGAAAAUUUCUAUGCGCAGAUCCCGAAUGUAUCCAUCCUGCUGACUAUUCCAGUUCGCCCUCGUGCUCGCUGGCUCCAAGUGAUCGGUUGCGAGAUCGGAUGGAUCUGGAGGCAGUGCGGAGAUCUUUGGAGGCGUCCGGUGGCGACGCCGACGCCCUCCCGCCGAGACUCUUUGAAGAAUUCGUCCUCCAUGGCCUCCGAAUCGACCUUAUCGAGCCCGGCCGCGUCCUCUGCUCCAUGCCUGUCCCUCCCCGCCUCACAAGCGCCGGAAGCUUCCUGCACGGCGGCGUGACGGCGGCGCUGGUGGAUGUGAUCGGGUCCGCGGUGUUUUAUAGCGUGGGCCUCCCGACUAGUGGCGUCUCUCUUGAGAUUAGCGUCUCCUACAUGGACGCCGCUUUUAUUAAAGAAGAAGUUGAGAUCGAGGCCAAGCUCUUGCAUAUAGGAAAGGCAGUUGGGGUCUCCUCCGUGGAGCUCAGGAGAAAGGGGACUGGAAAGAUAAUAGCUCAGGCACGUCAUGCAAAGUAUCUUGCUGCAUCUAGCAAAUUGUGAGAGCUUUUUCUUGUAGUUUGUCCAUGGAUUGAUCGCAAAUGCAUUCUUCGAGGUCUUGAAAAUUGAAGCCAUUAUCUGCAAAUUUAUUAAGUUGGAUAACCCAUAUGUGGAUGUAAUUGCUUGGAUUAAUUAUAGGAACCUUACCUCAUCUUGUGAAAGCUCAAACUGUUUCUUCAACAUUAUCGCCUGAAACUAUGUGCAUUUUGUUAUACAAAUAAGCAUGUUGUUUAUCUGAACUAAA